AUGAGCAGCGCUCUGAACGAGCGCCAGCGGGAUGAGCUCCACAAAGCAUUGCUGGAGUAUUUUUAUGUGUCUGGCUUCCAAACUACAUAUGAUGCGUUGAAAUCUGAUGCGAAACAAGAGAAUUAUGAACCUGAUAACAAGAGCAAGUAUGCCGGUCUACUAGAGAAGAAAUGGCUAAGUACGAUUCGCUUGCAGAAAAAGAAUAUGGAAUUGGCAUCCAAAGUCGCUGAGCUGGAGAAAGAGCUGCAGUCGGCGCCCAGUGCACGUCGCGGCGCUUCCGCAGCCGAUUGGUACCCGCGCAUACCACCGCGGCAUACGCUACUGGGCCACCGACAGCCUAUCACGGAUGUGGCGUUUCAUCCGAUGUUCACGCUGGUCGCUACGGCUAGUGAGGAUUGUACCAUUAAAAUAUGGGAUUGGGAAACGGGCGAGUUGGAACAAACGUUAAAAGGGCAUACCAAGCCUGUUCAAGGCAUCGAUUUUGAUCAUGCUGGACAAUAUUUGGUAUCAUGUUCAUCUGAUUUAUCGGUAAAAGUGUGGGAUGGUAACGAUGCAUGGAAGAACGUUCGCACCAUCCAUGGGCAUGAACACAGCGUUUCCAGCGUGCGUUUCAUGCCGAACGACCAAUACAUUGUGACGGCAAGCCGUGAUAAAACGCUUAAAAUAUGGGAACUUCACUCAGGCUUUUGUGCGCGCACGUUGCUGGGGCACACAGACUGGGCACGUACGCUAGACAUUUCAUCAGAUGGGCGCUGGCUGGUCAGUGGUGCAAGCGAUUGGAGUGUACGCUUGUGGGAUGCAGCGUCUGGGGAAGCACGUCGUGAGCUACGAGGCCACGAACAUGUGGUGGAGUGCGUCGCCUUUGCGCCUACUACGUCGUAUCAGGCUAUUCACACACUCACAGCUAGCCGUCCCUCUAAGGACGAUGCAAGUGCGUCGUUGCCAGGACAGUUCCUGGCAUCGGGUUCGCGUGAUAAAACGAUUCGUAUAUGGAGCCAGCAAGGGCAAUGUCUACGUGUAUUGUCUGGGCAUGACAACUGGGUCCGUGGGAUAGCAUUCUCGCCCAAUGGCAAGUUUCUACUCUCGGUGUCCGACGACAAAACGAUACGUGUAUGGGAUUUAGCCUCGGCACGGUGCCUUAAAGUGGUGGAGAGUCAUACCCAUUUUGUCACGUCGAUGGCGUGGGGCCGAAGUCGCGUGGAGACCGCUGCGUCUGGCAAGGAAUCCACUGGUAGCACGCAGUCUGUCAAUGUGGUUGCCACCGGCUCUGUGGACCUCAGUGUGAAAAUCUGGACGCCCUGA